AUGACCAAAGUAAUUGACCAAAUUCGAAGUGCAUGCCACGAGUGGGGAUUUUUUCAGGUGAUUAAUCAUGGAAUUCCUGUUACUGUCUUAGAUGGAAUGAUUGAUGGGGUCCGUAGGUUUCACGAACAAGAUGCUAAUGUAAGGAAAGAGUUUUGCACGCGUCGACAUCAUGAUUCAAAGGAAAGAUUUAAGUAUUACUCUAAUGCCCAAGUUUUUGCUUGGAGAGAUACAUUUAGUUUUCGUGUUGCUCCAGCUGGUACAUUCGAACCAAAAGUAUUACCACCAAUAUGCAGUACUCUAGUGGCAAGAAAUUCCACCCUUAUGGUCGAUAAGUGGUGGGAUGACACCGAGCUUAUCACAAAUGACAGGUUUGUAAGUGCUUAUCACCGAGUCUUAGCACAGAACAUAGGCCCAAGAAUUUCUGUAGCAAGCUUCUUUGUGAAUGGUACUUCCCAAGGUAAAAGUGCAUCAAAGGUUUAUGGUCCUAUUAAGGAACUGCUUUCAGAAGAAAACCCACGAAUCUAUAAAGAUGUUACUCAAAAAGAUUUCUUAUUACGUUUUUACUCUUCCUUGGAGCCUUUCAAGUUGUGA